UUCCCUUACCAUGAAGCCAUCACCUGCAUUGUCCAAGAUGUCUUUCUCAAGAUUUGCUUCAUUUCUCUACCUUCUAUCCUUUGUGCUCCUUCUCCAAACUGUCGUUGGGGUUGACCCUCUCUUCCAUUUCUGUUCAAGCUCUGAGAAGUUCAUAGAUAAUGGCCCAUAUGAGACCAACUUGAACAAGCUCAUGGGCUAUCUCUACUUGGCAGCUCCUCCCACAGGUUCUGGGAAAGGUUCAGUUGGUCAGAACCAUGACCAAGUGAAUGGGCUUGCUCUCUGUCGAGGUGAUGUUUCAAACACAGACUGCAAAGACUGUAUUACUGAGGCAAGCACCGAAAUCCGCAAACUCUGCCCAGACAACAAAGCAGCCAUCGUAUGGUAUGAUCACUGCCUUUUGAAAUACUCAAACAUGAAUUUCUUUGGUCAAGUUGAUUAUCAGAACAGGUUCUACAUGUGGAACUUGAAUAAUGUAAGCUAUCCAACAUCAUUUAAUCAAAAGACAAAGGAGCUGCUAAGCCACCUUGCCCAGCAAGGUUUUGUCAACCAGAAAAUGUAUGCAGUUGGAGAAUUAGAGCUUGAAGAAUCCAAAAAACUAUAUGGAUUGACUCAAUGCACCAGGGAUCUUUCCAGCAGUGAUUGUAAGAAAUGUCUUGAUGAUGCCAUAAGUGAACUUCCAAGCUGUUGUGAUGGGAAAGAAGGAGGGAGGGUUGUUGGGGGGAGUUGCAACAUAAGAUAUGAGAUUUACCCCUUCCUCGUUAAUUCUUAGAACUUACAGAUUAAUUUCUCUAGGUUUGUUUUGGCAUCACCCAUCCUAUAUAUAUUUGGGGAAAUGCAGUAUCAUGUUGUGGAAUGAAACAUUGGCC